CAAUCGAAGAUAUUUUCGAAAGAAAAUCAAGAGUACCUGUAUCUCUCACAUUCCUGUCUUCAUAUUCGGGCAUUACCCCAGACCAAACAGGCCUAAAGUAAUUGUUCAUUCAUCCUCGUUUCGUGUUAAAACCCUAAAAACACAGGGUGUAUCUAUAUUGAAAUCAAAAUCUAUAUUGAAAUCAAAAUCUUGCGCCUCUCAGUUUCUUCUCACAAUUGAUAAUGCGAGUCGAUUCUGGUAUACGUAUUGAGCGUCCGCCGAAGGAGAAGGAGAUUGCAAACAUCAAGAUACCAUGUUUUUUCUCCGACGAUGGUUCUCUCUCCGAUGAUGAAGUCGAUCCGCCUUCUCCUAAGAAGCCAAAGAUUGAAGAGGAAGACGAGGAUGACGUAGGAAGUAAGAGCGAUUCCGGAAACGGCAGUCCUAAAUGGGACAUCGCCAGAGAAGCGGCAUACGAUAAGUACAUGGCGUAUGUAGACGAGCAUCAAGGGUUUGAUGUGAAUCUCGACCUUCUUCCUCCAUUUGGUUUUCCGGGGUACCUUGGCAUUUAUCCUGUGGACUUUGGAAAUCGCCAAUCUAUCAUAUCCGUUAAAGAGGCCACAUUCCUCGCCAUUAAGAGAUACAAUCAACGUGCUCAGGGCUCACAGUUGGAAUUAGAUAAAAUAAUAAAGGCUAAUCGAACCGCAACCAUAUUCUAUAUAACUUUUUUUGCUAAAGAAGUUAACACUGGGAAAUACAGAAACUAUCAAACAAAGGUGUUCCAUAUGCACUGGGCUGGUGGAAGCAAAGUUCGUACUAGCGUUUUCUUUGUGAGGCCAGAACCAGAACCAGGAAUGAAAGGGGAGGACGAGGACGAGGAGUACGAGGAUGAGGAGGAGGAAGAGGUGGAGGUGGACGAGGAUGUAGAUGAUGAUGGAGAUGGAUUUCUGAAAAAUAAUUAAUACGGAAGUAAUAUGUGCAGACCAGGCGAUAUGAUAUGAUGGGGAAAGUAAUACUGCUUACACAAGCACCAACAACACACAAGCUAGUGACUUUAUACAGUCACAAAAUUUGUGACGAUGUGUGCUUGACCAUACACUCGAGCUAUUUAUCUUUCUGAAUUUAUUGGCGGCUAAUCAAACUGUGUUUGUUAGAUGUUUAGUAGUGUUAGAGCUAUUUAUCAUCUCACAAUUAAAUUGCUCUAUUUAUGAUCUAAUUGGGCAAAAGUGAGUUUGUAUUUUCUAGUUUAUAGAAGAAUAUGCUUGUUCAAAACUCAUGAAUUACCCAGAUACUUAACAUUAUGAUCUUAGAUUCAUGCUUGUUUUGU